UCGACGACGUAGCCGACGCAGCCUCCGCUGAAUCCGGCAUUGCCCCGGUAACCGCGCUGCUCCGCUCAGUCGCACUGAUUUAUUCCGUUUUAUUAUUUUUUUAAUCUUGUCCGUUUCUCCUAGAAAUAUUCGCCAAAAAGGAACGACUACUACCGUAACUGCUACAGGAAGUCGACAUGGUGAAACUGGGGAGCACUCUUGGCGAGAAGGUGGAGAGGGAGCCGUCUUUGGAAGAUGGCUUUGAUAACAUCCCUCUGAUCACGCCACUGGAGGUUAACCAGCUCCAGAAACCAUUUCCCGAUAAGGUCAUCGUCAAAACAACCACCGAGUAUCAGCUGCAGAAGAAGCAAAAGAAGAAACUGUACAUGCCGAGCAUUAAGAAGUUGAACAUAAACCUUUACGAUGAGGUGUCAGAGAAGGUCAAGCUCACAGGCUUAAUUCUUAUCACCUUGGCUUUCCUUGCGUGUCUGCUGCUACUGGUUAUGUAUAAAGCUCUGUGGUAUGACCAGCUCAGCUGCCCCGAAGGCUUUGUCCUCAAGCAUAAGCACUGCACCCCAGCUGCUCUGGAGAUGUACUACCCGGAGCAGGACGCAGGCUCGAGGGGAAGCCUGUACACCGCCAUCAGCCAUCUGAACCCAGCUAAGAAGGCUCUCCCUGAGCUCUCAUCUCCCUGGCUGCCUGUAAUUAACGCUAUGAAGGAAUCCCAGAAGGCCAAGGGCGAGCCGAGCCACUCCCAGCAGUGAAAGACGGAAAGAGGGGACGCUGGAGGAGGAGGAGGAGCUAGGACCGAGAGGUUAUGUGUAUUUUUGUUUGAGUGAAAGAGCAAGUACAGCAUUUUACGGGAAGCGUGUACGAGUGUGUGUGUGUGUGUGUGUGUGUGUGUGUGUGUGUGUGUGUGUGUGUGUGUGUGUGUGUGUGUGUGUGUGUGUGUGUGUGUGUGUCCUAAGCAUCCAGAAAUCCUGACGAAAUCAAGAAUAUAUUGUCUUUAAAAUACUGAAAAGCCUUUUGAAGUCAGCAGGCCUCUCUGAGGAAUCUUCCUUAACUUAUACUUGACAAUACAAACGCUAUCAGCUUUUCACAAACCCGUCUCGGCGUAUUAAAUCCAGCGUAGAUAUUAGCGACUCGUUCUUUAGCUUUCACGACUUCAUUGUGCUCUUGUGGAUUCAUUAGUUUUUCGCUUCGGUGUUUGUGCUUUUCACCAGCUCCACCUCUCACUCGUUUUUAACGUGAAAGUAGCUUAGAUUAGCAGAAAAAAAAAAAAAAAAUAAAACAUGCAUGGCGUGUAAAAUGUGCUCUUCAGAAAAACCUAACCAGGAAAAAAAAAAAUCAAAAAUCAUUAACCUAUACAUUUUUUUUCUCCUUAUUACAUUUUGCUUAGAACAUGUGAUCAGUUCUAGAAAUAUAAUAAAGCUAGCAAGCCAUGUUUUGCUUUAUGCAUAGACAAGACUUUAUACCCGUGUAGAGAUCGCUAUAUAAUCACAGGCUGUUUACAUGAAAAUGAACAAAUUGCUGAAUGUAACGUGAAAAUACAAAGUGAACAGGAUUUUGAUAUGUAUUUUAUCACUUGGUGUAUUCCGUUUUUUCGUUUUUUUUUUUGCACACAAAUGGACAUUCCACGUCAAAUUCAAGCCACCAGCAACUGUCGACAUAUUCCAUUAAACAUCCUGUUCGAGAAUGUGAAACCCCAAAACGAAGCGAAGGUGUCCUCGCAAUGUAUGUAUUUUAAAGGAUGCCGCUAUGAAUGUGCUCACUUUACCAUCUCUGAAUACCACCUGUACCAUUUUCCCCCCACACUUUGUUUUCAUUGUACCGAAAAUUAUUUAUUUAUUGUUUAUUUAUGCAUCAAUUUUUUUUUUAUUUAAUAAAUAGCUUUUUGAGUAUUUAUUUGCUGUAACUACUAAAUUAAUUGUGUUACUUUGUGGUAUAUUAUUAAGCUCGAGAUUUAUUUUCUAUUUAUUUUCAUACUUUUUGGUUGGGUAUGUAUUUUUUUUACUGGAACAGAACGAUUAGGUGGAAAAUUCUUUUGAAGAAGCAGCUACUGAUGUUAAUUCUCGACUAUUAAGUCAUGUGUAUAUGUGGCAGUCUGCUGUUAUUAACUGGCUUCAUCUAACGGAAAUAAAGAUUUCAGUAUUCAGAA